UUACUAGUACCAUGACCCCAGAAGAAGCAAGCUUCUAGGAAACAGAGAAGCAAGCGCGGUUCCUUAAGCAGAAUCAAAGGCGAUGAGCGAAUAAUUCUCUGUUCCUAGGCUGUCAUCCAAGCAGGGAUCAUUGCUUACAUCCCUUUCACUUCUCCUUCCUUGACAUCUUUUCCCAUUUCUCUUAUCCCACAUAUAAAUAAACACAAUCACUAGUCACAAAAACCAAACAUUAUUCAUAAUUCAAAUUCAACACUUUGUUCUCUCUUUGGCAUACAUCAUUGGAUUUUACAAUGGCUGGGAUUGGAUUUGAGGACUUGCUACCUGUGAUGGCGAACAAGCUGGGAGGGGAGGGGCUGAUGAAGGAGCUGUGCAACGGGUUCGAGCUGCUGGUGGAUAAGGAGAAAGGAGUGAUCACAUUGGAGAGUUUGCGACGCAACGCCGCGCUUCUCGGGCUGCAGGACUUGAAGGAGGAUGAGCUUGUGAGUAUGAUGAGGGAAGGGGACCUUGAUGGAGAUGGUGCACUCACCCAGAUGGAGUUUUGUGUCUUGAUGUUCAGGUUGAGCCCUGACUUGAUGGAGGAGUCAUGGUUUUGGCUUGAAGAGGCUCUCCAACAUGAACUCAACAACAACAAAAACUAUAACAAUAACAAUGAUUACCACUCUUCUAUUUAGUAGUACUUACCUAGGAACAACAUUUGAUCAUGAUUCAUAGGGAUUUCGCGUUCUCUUAUUGUGGUGUUGUUAAUUCUGACUUUUUUUUUUUAGUUGUUUCGUAUACAAUUCCUGUUGUGGAAAGCUAAUGUUGAAAAUAAUACAGUUUUUUUGGAUACCUUGCUUUCUUUCAAUCUUGUUUUACCUGAUGCCGAUGCACACUAGAAAUUAUAUUUAAAGCAUUGUGUAAUCAUGGUUUUUGCUGUUUCAUAGUACUGGCAUUAAUAAACUGUUAAUUUCUCAA